CAUACACAGUCACAACAAUCUCAAAGCUGACCAUACACAGUCACAACGAUCUCAAAGCUGACCAUACACAGUCACAACAAUCUCAAAGCUGACCAUACACAGUCACAACGAUCUCAAAGCUGACCAUACACAGUCACAACGAUCUCAAAGCUGACCAUACACAGUCACAACAAUCUCAAAGCUGACCAUACACAGUCACAACAAUCUAGAAGCUGACCAUACACAGUCACAAAAAUCUAGAAGCUGACCAUACACAGUCACAACAAUCUCAAAGCUGACCAUACACAGUCACAAAAAUCUCAAAGCUGACCAUACACAGUCACAAAAAUCUAGAAGCAGAAUGUCUACACAAUCUGUGGCUUCAAUGUCAAAAUAGGAUUUUUAUAUUGCAGCAUAAAGUGUUUCUAACACUCCCUACCCCCCCAUGCCAUCCUCCACACCAACCCACUACUUCCUCUCUUUGGUAUCACUGUUGCCUCCGAGCAAUACCACUUCCUGUGGGCUCCUGCCCUCAGUGGUAAAUAGACAGGUGCAAAUUUUGAGUCAUCAUUGUGUAUAUUAUUAUUACAUAAAUUAAUUCUAGUAUAUUAAUUAAUAUUAUCAAAAUUAAUACCACAAAUAAAUCAAUAAUAACUUAAAGGUAGACAGCGAUAUGGCGUAGAAAGUAAACAUAUUAGUGGGUUAAUUUACGUGACGCGAAGCCAUGCACACAUACUGUGUGUGACUGUGUGAGAGCUGAAGUCUUGCACCUCGCUCAUCUCAUUAUCUGUUUGUGGCAAUGCCAUUUCACUGAGUUUAAGAUACUUUGUGUGUGCAGGUGGUAUGCAUUUCAAUUAACACGUGUGCCUUGUUAAAAGUUCAUUUGUGGAAUUUCUUUCCUUCUUAAUGCGUUUGAGUUGUGUUUUGACAAGGUAGGGGUGGUAUACAGAAGAUAGCCAUAUUUGGUAAAAGACCAAGUCCAUAUUAUGUGUGUGUGUGUGUGUGUGUGUGUGUGUGUGUGCGCAUGCGCGUGUAUUUACAGAUUGAGGUUGUUAGCGUUUAAGAAACAGGCCUAGGCCUGUGUGACAGUGUGUGGGUGUGAGAUUGCAGAACAGUAGUUUCUUCUUCAAGUUAUAACCACAUAGUCAACCGUUGCCUUUGUGAAAUGAAACACUGCAAGAUAAUUACAGAUGUUGUGCAAAUUACCAUAACAUACAUAUCAGUCCCAUGUCAAUAAUAACCCUGCACUGUGACAAAAUGUUCCUGUUUUUGACCACUAUGAGUGGUUGAUUAUUUUGGGAUUCUUACAAGCAGAGCAUAGCCUGGUCUCAGAUGUGUAUGCUUUAUAGCCAGCUCCUUUGACUAUACAUCAGAGGACCUAGCUAAAGCACAAACUGAUAAGAGACCAGAGCUAAGCCGACUGCACCACCUGUAGCUGCUCAUCUUAAUCAUUUUGUGUGAGAAAACACUUCAUUGCAUCUUUAGGACUUUUCCCAUGUGUCUUGUCUACAAAUCUAAAUCUUCAACUUUUCUCUCAAGAGAGUUGUAGUUAAUCACACACAAUCACAAGGCCGUCAUAUCCAGGGCAGUCCGUUAGAGUAGUUUAUCAGUUGCAUGACAGCGCUAUUGAGGUCAACACAUGGGGCUAAAAAAAGGAGUGCAGUGCGUGAAAAUGUGGCAGGCUGUCUUGUGUGAACUGAGGACAGAAAAGGGGUGCAUGCAUGUGAAGUUUUCUUUAGGGCAGCUGUACAAAAAAAUAGAGAAGUGUGUGUGUGCGUGCGCUUGAGCGUGCGCAUGUGUGUGUGUGCGUGCAUGUGUGUAUUAGGCAUCUCAAUAUGUCUGUGGGGUUGAAUCUGGCCUUCACUAUUUAACUGUUGCUCCCGCCCCCAUCUCUCCACUGCUGAGAAAAGAUGAAGAAGUCACCAACACAAAGUGCAAACAACAGACACAGAGGGAUACCCGGAACAUUGAAACUAGGACAGACUACCACAACUAUUCUUAUUGUGACAUCUAGGCCAAGAAACAAAUACUUGAGUAAAGCGAGAGCGAAGCGAAAAAAACGACUUUGGAUUUUAUGGUCUUAAGAUAGGCGUGAAGGCUUUAGCACCUGGACCAUUAUUCUGCUAACUGGGGGUCAUUACAGCUGGACUAUAGGGCAGAAAGGAAAGAGCUAAAGAGACAACACGCUCCACUGGAGUGUGUCCAUCCACCAGAUAAAAAGGGGGAGAAUAAUAAGCUGGAGUGAGGAGGGGUUGGUAGCUAAAAGAAGUGCAGGAAAUCGGGGCGGGACAGGGAGGAGGGACAAAGCUAAUAGUUUGAGGAUUUUGGAGUUUGAAAAUAAAGGUUGCGGGGGAGAUCUCUUUAGCUGCUAUUGUUGUGUGACUUUUUCCACCCUGUCUAACUUACUUUUUUUUGGUUGUGGGGAGAUCUAUUUUGUGUUUGAGUGCUGAAAAGUCUGAAGGGAGGAGGGGCAUGGGGAGUUUAAUUGCUGUAGAUUAAUGUUAUUUGUAUGAAUUAAUACAUUUUCUAAACAGUCUGAUUCAUUUUAUUACAGAUAAAGUAGCCCAUCCACUGUUAUUGACGUGUUGUUUAUUGACGCUUGAGGUAUAGGCCAGGCCUAUUGGUUUAUUUCAAUUGAGCGGCAUAAAGCCUGAAUAAGUGAUACACUUUAUCACCAUGUCAAAUGUAAUUUUCAGCUGUCAUCAAAACUGUGGAAACGCCAACCGGAUGCUUCACAUUGAUGCAUUUAGUGAAAUAUCUGGCUCAUUGUUCUAUCUGUGGUAGCAGUAUGCAAAUAAACGGCUCUAUCGCUGAUGCGAUUCGGUUCCCGACGUUCAGCAAAAAAAUAAAUUCAAAAAUAGCCAUUCCUUCGUCAACGAUCCAUUACUAUUCCCGGUUGGUUCAACGUAAUUUCAUUGAAACAACGUUGAUUCAACUAGUGUGUGCCCAGUUUUCUAGCUGGCACCAUCCAUCAAUCCAUCCAAAACGUCACCUUUUCAAACUCCAGUGCCGUCCGCGCUUUGCAGGUCUUACCCGCGCCCCCCUCCUAUCUUCCCCAUUCUCCCGCUUGACAACAGCGGGGAGAAUUGGACCAUGUGCCAUGAAACGUGCCCACGGCGGGGCUGUGGGAAAGUUCGGGGAAGAGAGAACCCACACAUUGUCAUGGUAAUGUCGGUAGGUCGAGGUGUUGGGGGCGGGAGGCUGUGGUGCUUAACACCCACACGGGGAGAGUACUUUUACUCCUGCUUCUAUUCUCAUUUAUUUCACUCAGUGUUUCUCCAUUCGUUACCUAGCCAUUAAAACAGUACAAACGGAGUUCUGUGUGUGGGUAGCCUUCAACUGCCAGCAGUCAAAUCUUGCGUCAUUUGGUUAAUUGCGUGCAGACUGCCCACGGGAGAUUAGGACACCGAUAGUGUGGACUGUGAAGCUGAGCUAUCAGCUGGUCGGCUGGUUUGGUGCGCGCUCUGCAGCGCGAGGAUGACGGCCUCCAACAUGGAACAUGGAGGAAAUGCUCCCGAGAAGAAUUUUAACGCCAAAGAUGAACGAAAGCUACGGAAGCCUCUGAUAGAGAAGAAGAGGCGGGAGCGAAUCAACUGCAGCCUUGAGCAGCUGAAGGGGAUCAUGGUGGACGCCUAUAACCUAGAUCAAUCUAAACUGGAGAAGGCUGAUGUACUGGAGGUUACUGUCCAACAUAUGGAGGGUCUACAAAAGGGUCAUGGUACUGGCAUCCCUGCUGGUCCCAGCGUCGGGUUCCAGUCCCGGCAGCGCUACAGCAGUGGAUACAUCCAGUGUAUGCAGGAGGUCCAUAACCUGCUCCUGGGCUGUCCAGACAUGGACAAGCCUCUAGGGGCCCAGCUCCUCAAUCACCUCCUUAAGUCUCUGCCCCACAUCAGCUCAGAGACUGGGCCUGGAAACACUGGUGGCAAUGGGCCUAAUCGGACCCCAACAAGGCCUAUCACUGGUGGGGUCAAUGGGACUCUGAUAAGGGCCAUUGGUAAUUGUAACGGUGGUGGUAGUAGUAGUAGUAGUAGUAGUAGUAGUGGUGCUAGUCCCAAUUCUGGACCUGGAUCCCCUCCCCAGUCUCCGCUUUCACUGCCUUCUGGAGGAGUAGGUCUAUUCCGACCUCGCCGUUUACAGAUGCAUCAUGCCUCGCCGCCGUUGACCCCGCCCACAAUAUGUUCCCCGUUCCAUGCCCCCCACAGGCAGGUGCAUUCUGGGAGAGAUGGGAGGGAGCAGCUGCCUGCCUCCUCCCCUUCUAGCUCACCCAACCUCCCCCAGCCAGGGGUGUCUCACCCCGCCCCUCUGCCCCCUUUCUUCGGCCCUGUGGGAGACCCCUCUAUGUGGAGGCCUUGGUGAAAGAGGACACACACACACACACAUUUCAUCACUUUAGGACCCCUGAGUUUUUCCUUACCCUGUGAUCUGAGUGAAAAAAUGCCCUAUUGGCAGCAGACCACCUAGGGCCUGGGGUUUUUCCCAGUCACCUCAUGCUGUGGUCAGGAAAAACUCAGGGACUCUUUGUUUUUGAUCUAAUUCCAUCUCAUGGAAUCGCUCAACUCUGUUGUUCCUGGAUUGAGUGCAGAAGUCAGGAGAUCUGGGUGGAUCUACAAGUUUCACUUCCUGUCAAAUUGAAUCCAAUAUGUUGUGGUGUGAUUGACAGAUGCAUCAGCCCUCUAGGAACAUGUCUGUAGUGUUCUGCUGUAUUAACUGCUUUGCCAGCGGUUCUAUGGUCUCAUUUUUUGUUUAAUUGCUUCACAUUUUAGACAUACAAAUAUUUGUAUUUUUUUUAUGAGAUUGGCCAGAAGUAAGCAUUGUUUUUACAAUUUUGUGUUUUCUUCCAAGUAUUUCGCUGGUGUUCAUUUUAUGUUUUCAAUGUGUAGAAAAUGGUCACAGAAUGUGGAAUUUGUUUUGUCACACACUGAUGAUAAAUUGAUUAAUUCAUUUAUUAAACAGAUUUGAUAAAUUGAUUCAGAUCUAAUGUUUGUAAUUACAAUGAAUUGCUUACUUUGGAAAUGUUUUCGUCCUUGUAUAUUACAAGAAGAUACUCUGUUUCAUAUUGAAACAGCUAAAAUAAAGUGUGUGUGCUGGAUCUUUGUUUUUCAGAAUUGAAUAAAACGACAUUAAAACAAUAGUAAA